AUGCGUGCCGACCCAAAGAAGGUGGCACAGCUCCUAGGUGACGAGCGUCUAGAGCUCAUCUACCUCGGUACAGAGCACACACUUAAGGAUUCCACUGCCUACGUUCGGAAACAAGCACAAUGCGCCGAUCAAGGUUUGAAAACGCGGGAUGACGCGGCCUGGCAAAUAUAUGGAAAUAUCAAUCUUGUACUAAAAAGCCUUCAAGAACAAUACGAAGAACCAAGGAACAUUCUAAUAGACCGAAUAAGGUCAAAUGGUCCAGAAUUUGUAACUCUUAGUCAACAGGCUCGAGAUUAUAUAAACGGAAGAGGGACCAAGGAACUUGAAAGCGAUGAUACAACUGGUACAACACAGUUAUCAUAUCUAGAUAGAUCAGUUAAAGGGUCGGUAGAUGUUUUGUUGAUACCACUGUUGCGAAUACUCCUACGAACAGGAAGAUAUGCCAGUACCUCUUGUUGUUCUGGACGUACCGUACUGUUCGAGUGUAAUGCAGACUAUGCAACACCCGCUACGAAACAUUCUAAUGAAUUCGGACGAGCAGGAAGGUUCCUGUACUCUUCACAUUGUCAUGUAGAUCAGAAUGAUGCCAAUGAAGCGGUAAAGACAGUAGAUGAGCAUGUCAGUUCUAAGGGAAUGUGUUAUCACAAAAAUGAUGAUACGUCACAAGAAACCAGAGAAACAAAUGUGCUACAUGUACAGCCAACCAAUCAGUGUGAAGUAGUACUGAAGUUUGAACCCUUUCUAAUACAUGUAGAGUGUGCCUCGAUGCAAGACGGAGCCGAACUACUGCAAAUUGCAAGAGGAUGCGGGCUCAAGCAAUCCGGCAUCAUCACGUGCUCAAAAAGGGUCAUUGUUUCCUUAAGGGGGUCUAAUAGUUUGGAAGCACCUGUAGCGAUGCGUCAUUAUGGAGUGGAUACACUGGCAAGUAAUGACACUGACAGGGGUGCGGACUGUGAUAGAGUUGUUGAAAAGGAAGUGCAUAUCAAAACUACAUGGCUAGUUGACGAUAGCUAUUUCAUGUAUCUUUUGAGUACAUGUAAUAAAAAACUAACAGCAAGCAUACGGCAGAUGCUACGACUGUAUUGGACAAUCGCGCAACACUUUGCCAUUGAUAUCACCAUGCCUUUUGCAAUACCAAGGCUAGGAAACCCAUGGGAUAACACAGACGGGGCAUGCGUUGGACCUUCAGACGCAACAACGUCGUGUCAAUCGCAAUAUGAUCCGAAUGGUUGUAGAAAUUGUAGUGGGCACCAAAAGUCCCCGAGGAGUAGACACGCAAACAACCCUAACAUUUAUGUCGCUGUCAAAGAGUACAAUUAUAUCAAACGGAUAAAAAAUCAAUUGGAAAAGGCAAAAAUAUACGAUAAAACAAGAAAAAUAGUGACUAUACCACCAUUUGAACCGUCGGGGGAUAACGUUGAUCACGGAGCGGAGGAAUAUUCACAGAAUUCGGACUAUCAAGGUAUACCCGUUGAGGUGACAACAGACAUGCUACCCACGUUGAAUAUAGCGGCCUUUAUACCAAUACUAUAUACGACACGAUAUGACCUCAGAGAAGAACUAGAAGAUCUUCCAGAGCUAUUGGAGCAACUGGUAGUCACUGGCGGUUCCAUAACCUACCUGCUGGAUGCUGCAAUCAUCUCUAUGAUACUAUCGUAA